CAUGUUUUGUCAGGGAGGCCUUGUAUAUUAUGCAAUGCAUGCUGUCUUAGCACUUUAAACUGCAGUUGUAAGACAAUAACAAUGUAUGUAUUACGAUACCCAUGUAUUCACGAUUAACCUAAACAGAUCACAAAUUAUGUACGCGUUAACAAUACAUUUCUCUGUUUCCAUGUGGAUUGCAUGUAGCCUAUCAGCUAACCCUAACUAAAGAACAGUAAACAGCAUUUAUCGCCAGAAGAUAUGGUGGAAUUUCCAGGAAUCCGACCUGGAUAUGCAUUUGUAGGCUACUCCUGUACAGUGGUCGGAAUAACUUUCUUGCCUAUCUGAAAUACACCGUCAUUCACUAAAGCCAACCCCAAGAGGGUGUGCCCUGCCUGGAUACAUCGGAGUGUCCCACAAGUCACACACUCACACAUCGUUCCAGCAAUGGAUAGUGUGUGAACCUGUGGACUCAACAUGGUGUGGCAUAGAGUAAUUGAUCGCCUUUCGUGACAGCCUGAAGGUAUAAAAGGGAGUGACUGAUCACUACUUCAGUUUAAUAACGCCUCGUCAUUGUAAUGGGAAGUCCACAAUAGAUUGCAAGGCAGUGCUGUCGGGCCACACCACACCGCCAACAACCAAUGACGAGUUACUUCAUUUCGGAUUCUAAAUUGAGUUAGAAGGAUUUCGGCGAACGAGGGAAUUUUAAACAUCAUCUGGUCAGUACAUUUUUUCAGGAGGGCACGUUCCGUGUCUCGAGACGGGUUCUGCUAGCUCUGCGACUAACCUGACUUACCAGAAAUUCUGGAGACCGACGGAUGCUUUCUUUUGAUUCCUGCAUAGUGCUGUCCGUACAAUAACGAUGAAGUAGGUCGACAGCGGGAGGUUCUUACAACAGUUCUGUCAAGGAAAGUAAGGUGUCUACUCCCUCGAGGACAACUUAUUGGUAUUUUGUGCAGUCCAGUCUGGAGAUGCAAACCUUCCUGAGGGGCAAGCGCGUGGGCUACUGGCUCAGCGAGAAGAAGAUCAAGAAGUUGAACUUCCUGGCAUUCGUGGACAUGUGCAGGAAAAGAGGCAUCGAAAUCAUCCAGCUGGAUCUGAGUCGACCUCUGGAGGAGCAGGGUCCCCUUGACGUGAUCAUCCACAAGCUGACAGACCACAUCCUGGAGGCGGACCAGAAGGACACCCAGGCACAGCUGGUGGUGCAGAGCGUUCAGGACUACAUUGACGCUCACCCAGAGACGGUGGUGCUGGACCCCAUGCCUGCCAUCCGCACACUACUGGACCGGGCCAAGUCCUACCAGCUCAUCCACAACAUAGAGGCCUUGGUGCAAGAUGACCGUAUCUGCUCUCCGCCGUUCGUGGUGCUGAGGAGCGAGUGUGGCCGAGAGACGCUGGGCCAGCUCCAGCAGAGAGGCAUCACCUUCCCCUUCAUCUGUAAAACGCAAGUGGCGCAUGGAACCAGCUCCCAUGAGAUGGCCAUCAUCUUCAGUGAGGAGGACCUGAAGAGCGUGCGGCCUCCGUGUGUGAUCCAGAGCUUCAUCAACCACAACGCCGUGCUCUACAAGGUGUUCGUGGUGGGAGAGGCCUACAGCGUGGUUGAGCGGCCGUCCAUCCGGAACUUUCCCAUCGGCCCUACAGAUAGGAGAGCCAUAUCCUUCAACAGCCACCAUGUGUCCAAGCCUGAAUCCUCGUCAGACUUGACCACUAGGGACAAUCUGGAAGGGCAGUCGCAAGGCCCGAGCGAUGACAUCAUCCAGAUGAUCUGCAGAUGCUUGCGGCAGACCCUGGGAAUCUCCCUCUUUGGCAUCGACAUCAUCAUCAACAACCAGACGGGCCAGCACGCCGUCAUCGACAUCAACGCAUUCCCAGGUUACGAAGGGGUUCCAGACUUCUUCGAUGACCUGCUGAGCCUGGUGACGAGCGCGCUGCAGGCCAAGGCGGCCGUGGGAGUUUACCCCCGGUCAGGGGGCGUGGCCGGACAGGGACAGGCGGGCAGCGGGGGCAAUGGCAGCAGCCCUGUGCUCUCGGCUGCCAUGGAGUCCGCACCACCUCCACCGCCGCCACCAGCAUGUUGCAUGCUGGGAAGCGAGGGCGGGCCCUGGGUGGUGGAGGGCGAGGGGGUGCGGAGGAGCAGCCAGCACCAGGGACGGGUGACAUCGACGUCGUGCAACGCGGGCGUCUCGGCCACCUUCAAGAGCCACUCCUCCAUAGCAACCAAGGCCUCCUCCCAGUGACCGUACCGCACCGGACUGCACCGCACCCUGCCGGAUAACCAACGUCUGUGUGUGUCUGUGUGUGUCUGUGUGUGUAUGCUCGUAAUGACUGGAUGAUGUGUGUCUACAGACUGUGCAUUUGUUUGUGUGUGUGUGUGUGUGUGUGUGUGCGUGCCUGCGUGCGUGCGUGCGUGCGUGCGAUCGCGUGUGCACAUGUUUGUGUCAGUUGCGUGCUUGUGUCUACUUGUUCUACACCAAGGCCUUUGUCCACGUUUAAUGGUUUACAAAAGAGUGACGGAAGAUCA